AUGGGCAGGAAAACUGCUCCACUCAGCAGAGCAGUGUGUGAGAGCAAGCUCACCAGAGCAGUGCAGCGGCAAGAAGCGGAGCAAGCAUCAGAGGAGCAAGCAUCAGAGGAGCAAGCAUCAGAGGAGCAAGCAUCAGAGGAGCAAGCAUCAGAGGAGCAAGCAUCAGAGGAGCAAGCAUCAGAGGAGCAAGCAUCAGCGGAGCAAGCAUCAGCGGAGCAAGCAUCAGAGGAGCAAGCAUCAGAGGAGCAAGCAUCAGAGGAGCAAGCAUCAGAGGAGCAAGCAUCAGAGGAGCAAGCAUCAGCGGAGCAAGCAUCAGCGGAGCAAGCAUCAGCGGAGCAAGCAUCAGCGGAGCAAGCAUCAGAGGAGCAAGCAUCAGAGGAGCAAGCAUCAGAGGAGCAAGCAUCAGAGGAGCAAGCAUCAGCGGAGCAAGCAUCAGCGGAGCAAGCAUCAGAGGAGCAAGCAUCAGAGGAGCAAGCAUCAGAGGAGCAAGCAUCAGAGGAGCAAGCAUCAGAGGAGCAAGCAUCAGCGGAGCAAGCAUCAGCGGAGCAAGCAUCAGCGGAGCAAGCAUCAGCGGAGCAAGCAUCAGAGGAGCAAGCAUCAGAGGAGCAAGCAUCAGAGGAGCAAGCAUCAGAGGAGCAAGCAUCAGAGGAGCAAGCAUCAGCGGAGCAAGCAUCAGCGGAGCAAGCAUCAGAGGAGCAAGCAUCAGAGGAGCAAGCAUCAGAGGAGCAAGCAUCAGAGGAGCAAGCAUCAGCGGAGCAAGCAUCAGAGGAGCAAGCAUCAGAGGAGCAAGCAUCAGAGGAGAAAGCAUCAGCAGAGCACGCACCCGUGUAG